AUGGAAAGCUCCGGUCUCCUAAUAUGUCCAUUCUGUCCCUUCUCCGAUGCGGAUUCCAGUUUUUUGGAGAUGCAUAUCGAUCACUGCCAUCCAGAAAACGGCGUCCCGGAGACGCUGAUGCCCGAUCUGAAUGGGCUGGAGGACACGCGAUCUCCGUCCCUGUUGCCGACAGACGACGAGUCAACUGAGAAAUAUGUUGAUUGUCCACACGGGUGUGGUGAGACUGUGACUGCAGCUGAGCUGUCGACGCAUCUGGAUCUUCAUCUCGCGGAGGGCAUUGCGUUCGAAGAGAAUGGGGGAGAUACGCCCCAUCUCAACGCUGACUCUAUGAGCGCCAAUGAUGAUUAUGACUUGCCACUUGAUCAAGAAGACAAUAUUUAUUUACAGGGUGCUCUUUCAGGUGGCAAGCGAGGGUCAGAUCGGGACGUGGCUCGCAGGAAUAAUACCGCCAAACUAGUUCGACCAAAGAGUCCACCUCGGACUCGUGGAGAGGAUGGAGUAAUGCGGCUUGGGCGUUCGGAACUGGGCCCCCACGCCCACGAGAAAAAGAUGCCUUCAUGGCUAAAGAACAUGCUAGAGAAGGGCGGUCGAACAUCAAAGCAGACUCACGUCACCACGGACGGGAGACUAGCGAGGCAGACCACAGUAGAAAAUGAGACAGACCACCUCAUCCCGGUUGUCGCAAAGCUAUGCGAGCAAGAUAAGACAGUUCAACGGGCCUUUCUUUGCAACCCCAAGGUUCGCCACAUUUGCAAACUUUCACGUGAAGGGGGUUUCUGUGGGUAUCGAAAUAUUCAGAUGCUUGUGUCUUAUAUCACGAAGACAGAAAGCCUGGGCCAUAUACACUUUCCCCAUGGUGUGCCGUCGAUUCUGGAUUUGCAGGAUUUGAUCGAACAAGCGUGGGAUAUGGGGUUUAAUAGCACGGGGAGAGCUGAGACUGGAGGUAUCAAGGGGACGCGGAAGUUUAUUGGAACACCUGAAGCACAAGCUCUGUUCCAGAGCCUUGGGAUUCCCUGCGAUGCAAGUAGCUUGGCUGCUAGCGAAGGAAUAUCAGCACAAGAUAAACUCUACAUGGAGGUGGCGAGCUAUUUCCGAUCAGCAUGCUCGCUAGACGACGAGAAGACCAAGGUCUUCAAGACCGACCUUCCGCCGAUCUAUUUCCAACAUCACGGCCACUCAAUGACCAUUGUGGGAUUCGAGAUCCGCGACGACGGCAGUGCGAAUCUACUUGUUUUCGAUCCUAUGUUCAAGACAUCACCAGCGAUGCAGCGCCUGAUUGGGGCGUCCGCGAAGUGUGAUAAUCCUGUUCGUCUACUCAAGGCGUAUCGAAGGGGCAACAAGUACUUGCAGAAGUACAAGCUUUUUGAGCUUCUCAAAUUAAUCCCAGUGCCGGAAACUGCCUCACCUGGUAAAAUUUCGACAUGA